AUGGCCAAUACUCUCGCUCCCUAUCUCGGCGCUAUUCGAAGCUCGCUGGAAUCGGCGCUAUGUCUGCGCAACUUUCCAUCGCAGACCGUCGAGCGCCACAACAAGCCCGAAGUCGAGAUGCAAAUGAGCAAAGAGCUGUUGUUGAACCCAGUUCUGAUCUGCCGCAAUGAGCAGGAGAAGUGCUUGAUCGAGCCAUCCAUCAACUCGACGCGCGUGAGCAUUUGCAUCAAAAAGGCGGACGAGAUCGAGACGAUCCUUAGCCACAAGUUCAAUCGCUUCCUCAUGCAGCGCGCUGAGCAGUUCAUUGUCAUGCGGCGAGUGCCCGUGGAAGGCUACGACAUGAGCUUCCUCGUGGUGCACCAGCACCUUGAGAACAUGUACAAGCACAAGCUCAUUGACUUCAUCAUCACGUUCAUGGAAGACAUUGACAAGGAGAUUAGCGAGAUGAAGAUCUCGCUCAACGCGCGCGGCCGCAUCGUUGCCACGGAGUUUAUGAAGCAGUUUACCUGA